AUGCAAUCAUGUUGCGAAAAUAAUGGCCACCCAACAGCGCAGAGAACGAAGAAAAUGGAUAGCGUAAAUCGACACACUGCUCGUGAACGGCCUGUAAGUAGUAAGGAACGAACUAAGUAUCCUUGAAAUCAAAAAUCGAUAACUAUAUGUGAGAAACAUUCAAGGUCUUUUACUACCUCUCCCUUUUGCUCAUUACAAUCAGAUGAGCUUGCAAUACUGGCCAAGUUUUGUUGAAUCACAAAACGAGCCUUUUAAUUUUGUCACAGCUUCUCAACUCUCCUUCCUAUCAUUUUUGUUUCUGUCCAACCCCAGUGUCCAGUUCAUAAUCUGCAACUCAAUAGUGCAGGAGGUUCCUAGAAAAUAAUACAAUAAGCAGCAAUAAGCUUACUGACAUUAUUGUUUUGAACAGGCCAAAAAAAGUCCAUGUUUAUGGAAAUUCUAAAUUGAAAAUAAGAAAAUACAGCCGGGUUAAGUCUCAUCACUUUGUGGUGAGUCUCAUGAUUUCAUGACUAAGUUGACAGCUGAUUUCUUAUGCUUCUGGAAAAAUCACACUCCAACAAGUUUUGAAGCAUGUGAACGGUUUUUUUCCAAAAUUAAUUUAAACAAUGAACUCAAUCUAAAGAAGACAUCUUGCAUUCAUGUUUGAUCAGGAAAUUUUCUGAAGUGACAACUUGAUACAUUGCCUUCACUUUUCAGCCUACUCCCGUCCGAACCCCAUCACAAUUUGCUUCUAACAAAUGUGCUGCUUUAGCUUGCUUCUGCUUGCUGGUACCUAAUGUGCAUGUUCUUUGUGUCCAAUAAAUAGAGGAUAUUACAUGGUCACUGAAGAGAUACAAAAUUUCUCUUCGAGUGUUGAGCACAGCGAAUGAGUGAAAUAUUUUUAAACACCUUAAUCUCCCAGUUAGGAUAGCUGCCAAGUGAACAAAUGUUUACAGCACCAUUUGUCAGUAGUAACAAAGUAGAUUGAUGACAGGGUUUGACAACUGAUUUCCCCAGCUUUCUCAAAAAGUAACACUUAAAAAAAACCUUUUGAGCAUCUCUAGGAUUCAUUUCCCCACUGGAAGUCCUCUCAAGAGGAAAUUUGGGACAUCUCACAACGUUUUCCAACACUUACUUCUUUUCCCAGCUCUAGGUUCAGAGUCUCAAGAUUUUUGCUUCUUGGGGGUUAGCAAAUCAGGAAAUAUCUCGAUUAUAGUACCACUUAUUUAUUUCUGUCAAUAAUUUAUGACUAAUGUUAGUCACAUGUUAUGAAUUGGAUGAUGGUUAUCAGAGGAUGUACCCUGUCUGAUUUGAUUUUAUGAAAACAGCGCAAACAUAGUUUUUAACGUCUCCCACUUUUUCCUGGCAAGAACUUUUGUAAUGUUACACAUAUUUUGUAAUACAGUCGAACCUUCUGUAGGUUGAAAACUCAAGGGCACCCAGUGGCUGUUUUCUGUAAAAUAUCCUGUUCAAAGAAGCAAAUAUAAUUACCUAGAAUUUUGUACAUCUUAAGGAUGGCAAAACAUUUCUAGAUGAUUUUCCAUUCAUGCAUAAAUAUUUGAAGCUAGUCUAAAAAAAUUCCCUAUGAUUUAAGUUUAAUUUUAGCAUUUUUUCACUCCCCAGGUUUAGCUGUUAUUUGAAGAAAAAGGAAACCAAAAAUUUUGGGAAUGGAAAAUGUGAUAGACAGAGUAAUCAGCAAAAUUCUGACCAUUUGUGAAGCUUGAAUUUGCGACUAAAAUUUUCAGGAAAUAAUAUUGAGCGAGGCCCUUGCAAAUGUGAAGUCUCAAGUUGCCCUAAAUUGGCAAACAGAUACAAAUUUUAUAGCACCACUUGAGUGCAUUUCUAGAUAUUUAAAAGUACUCUGGGAGCCUAAAAAGAAUUUUCAGUAUUUUCAGAAAGUUUGUUGGAUGUCGUUCAAAACUUAGUGGUCAAUAUUAUUAAAGGAGGUGUUCACUUACCUUAUAUGAGAAAAGAACAAUGGUAAGAGUCUCUUCCGAGAAGAUGUUAGGGCACCAAUCUACUUUAUGGAAGAUAACUUACUGCAUGCAAUUUUUAAGUUACGAUAAUUAUGUGCAGUAUUGAUGUUACAUGUAUGUUGUUACAAAAGUUCUUCAUUAACUCUCAAGUAACAUAGUUUAUAUAGCAAACAGAGAUAAGACUAUGCAUGCAAAUGGCUGCUUACUAGCCUACGUGUAGCUUCACCCUCUGCCCGGCAAAGGAAAAGUGGAAAGAGGGUGUGGCUACAUGUGGGCUUGUUGCUUGCAAGAGGUUAAAAACAAUGAAAAAUUUUUAAAUUGUCAGCCUCAAAAAGUGGUCACAUUCACUUACAGGAGAUGGUUGUUUAUGGGAGGUUCCAGCUGUAAAGCUUUGACUGUGAAAGAUUUGUUGUUUUGGAGAGAGCAAAGUCUCCUUCGAUCUUCCUAGGAAAUAUCGGGAAGAGGAUAUUUCCCGUCAUUUUGUAGGAAGAUCGAAGGAGACUCUGCUCACAGGGUAGGUGCUCGCUUAAUAUCAGAGGUACUGUUCACAAACAAGAGGUGGUGGCACUGAUUGAAGUUUGAGUGUACAACAAAUUUGACAAAUGUUGUUAGACUGCAAAGAUUUAGUAGGUAUUUUUUGAAUGUCAUCAGGAUUUACUGGAAUGGAGGAAGUGCCAAGGAAAGGCUGGGUGGUAUGGAAUGCUGGCUAUUUUAGUUGGUAAGUUACAAGAUCUUUAUUUUCAAGAUACAUUUAAGUUGGUUGUCAGAUUGAAUGAGAGUUUCCUUUGUCUCUUGUGAAUAAUUUGGACCAAACUUCUGUCAGUGAUGAAUUUAGUUGGUUCACUUUGCCCUCAUGGGCAUUUCCCACCUUUUGUUGACACUAUCUACUUCAAAAGAGAAAAGUGAAGAUUUCCAUCUCCCAUCCCCUCUGCUUGAAGAGGCUCACCAAUAGUUUUUUUGGGUUUUGUAAGCAUACCACUUUUUUAUCCCAAUAACUAACCUUUAGAUCUAUAUUAAAAAAGGCACUCUUAAAACGUAUGUUUGGGAAUGGAAUGAUCCAGCACCAGUAGUAACUGUCAGAAUUAUGGAGCAGAGCAAAAAUUCUGAUUCAGAUAAUGGAAUAAAUAUUGAAGAACCCUAUUGGGGACCCUGUAAGCCAUGUUUUGUCACUGUCCAGGCUACCUGUAAGAAACAACAGGUACCCCAACUUUGAAUGAAAGGCUGGGGGGGGGGGGGGGGGGGGUUUGGACUCUUUUUUUUUUUAAAAGAAGCCCCAUUUUGAAAAAAUUUUUUUUAUACAACAAUUUUGUUUUCGUUUUUGGUUUGUUUUGGUUUUGUUGUGAGAAAAGUCAAUUUUUUCUAAACAUUUUUAAUUUUAUAAAAAGAAUAUGAGAUAAGAUGUGGGCUCCGCUUUUUGUGGGUUUUCGUCCACGGCAGGCACCACAAACAAAAAAGGAACAAAAAACGAGGGGGGGUGGAGGGGGGGGGGGUGGGGGGGGGGGGGGGGGGGGUGGGGUUUAGACUCUUGUGUUCUCUAAAAGAUAGCCCAUUUUGACAACAGUUUUUCUAAUCAGCAACUUUGUCAUCGGUUGUAGGUUGUAUAUGGUUUGGUGUGAGAAAAGGUCAAUUUUCCUACAACAUGUUCAGUUUAGAGUAGCCUUGAAAGGCCUAUUGUGCUCUAUGUUGUUAAAAAUUUAUUAUAAUAAUAAUUAUUAUUGUAUUGGUUGUGAACAUAACAUUUCCAGUUUUGUUAUUAAUGCAUUUUUUAGAACAGCUGGAAAUAAGGCAUAAAGUCAAUGGCAAAAUUUGUUUAUAUGGGGUAUAAAAUGUUCUUGGGUCAAAUAUUAUACUAAUAUGAUUGUUGUUAGUGGAAUUCUGCAAUGAAAGUGAAUUACAUUAUUUCAUGCCCUAGCUACAUGGCCAAUGUGUACAGUGCAGCAAUGAAAUGCUAGCCAUUUUAACACCAUUGUAGAGUUGGCUAUUCUGUACAGGUUUCCUUAGAACAGUAGUAAUUAAUAAUAUAUGUAUGGACUGGUGACUUUUAAAAAAAUAUUGUGAGUGCUCAUUGCAUACAUGUGAUGGUGGCCAUUAUGUUAGAGGUUCAACUCUGCCUAUUGUGACAGUCUAGCUUUCACAAAGUGUUUAUGUGUGUGCUUCAUUUUACAUCUGACAGGAGGUAGUGUGGUGUUUGCUGGGCUUUCUGGUUUCCCCAAAUUACCAAAGAAGUAUCUUCCAUUGGUCUCUCUUGGUAUGUUACUUUGGAUAAAGAUGAGGAGAUUUUAGCCAAAGGAAUCCUCAUAUAUAGUGAUAAGAAUAAAAAACAAUAGUGUCAUUUAUGCACUUUCCAUGUAACAAUAACACAACUCAUCAAAAAUAGUAAACGUAACAGGAUUCAAUCAUUCAGUCAUUCAGUCAAUCAAUCAUUCAAUAAAUCAAUCAAUCAGUCAGUCAAUUAAGCAAUCUAUAAACUAUCAAUCUCUCAAACAAAUAAUCAUUCAUUCCGUCAGACAAAGUAAUCAGUCUUGCUUGUUGUCAUUUCUCAGCUCUAUAUACUUUUUGUUAGUACCCAGGAAACUUUAUACCAGGUUUUUGGUUACAUUUCAAAGUGCUAGAUUCAUAGGUGAAACAAGCGGACAUAAGUGAUUUGUUUUCACCUAAUCAUUUAAGAAUUGUUAAUUAUUUGUUGUGAAGGUAGGAACCUGAUAUUUCAAAGGACUGGACAUUAUGUCCAUUCUCUGGCCUCAGGUAAUGUCCCUAAACUUUGUGUUAUUUUGUAAUUAAGGAGGCUCAAACUUACAGCCGAUUUGCAUUACUUUCUCACAGGUGUAGGGGCUGGCUGUGGAUGGUUUGUCUCAUACAGAGUGAUAACUUCCUGUCACAGGGACCUCUCUCCAGAAAGAACAGUGGAUGGAAAAAUUAAUCAAUUGCCAGGUUUGAAGUCGAACCAGUCUUUAAAAUAUGAAAGAAAAAGGCCAAAAUCCAGCCAUCAUGAUUGAACAAGUUUGAUCAGGAAAGAAUUCAUUGCAUGGCAGAAAUUAGCCCACUAGUCGAGCUCAAAAUUUUUCAUGAAUGAGAGGGAGAUUUUUUAAUGUUCUCUACAACAAAACCGAACAAGAGAGUGGUAGCCUGUGAAUAGGCUGGACCAAAGGCCUUUUCACAGGCUAAGAGAGUGGGAGCUCUGCUAUCAGAACCGGAAGUGAGAAGCGAAAGACUUUGAGAAAGUUAAGGCAGAAAUUAAAACUUUCUGUGACUAAAAGCAAACUGUGACUUCAAAGUGCAUUUUUUUGGGUUAAAAUCCAGAGUCAUGUAUGUCCUUUUUCAGAUUCAACAGAGCAAACCAGUAGUACAAAUAAAGUGAUCAAAAUUGUUUGAAAGUUUUCUAAAAUAGGUUAGUUAGGAAGGCUUUUUCUUCCUCGUUCUUUUAACUAUAUGCAAAUGCCCAUGAUUUUUUGUUUUCAUGUCUUUUUUUAUAUUUAUACAGAGAAGAAAAACGACAUACUACUGCCUCCCAAGGAAACAAAAUAUGGAGACAAGGGCUUUGUCAAAGAAUGA